AUGAUAAGCAGGAAACGACCAGAGACGUACACGUUAUAUGCUGCUAAUGGAUCAGCAAUCUCAACGUACGGACACGUUACGUUGCAACCUGAUUUUGGACUACAACGCGCAUUCCCAUGGCGUUUUAUAGUAGCCAAAAUAUCGCAACCAAUCAUAGGGUCAGACUUCCUAUCAUAUUAUCACUUACUACCCGAUAUACGGAACAAGAGGAUCGUGGACGGAAAAACAGGAUUAACGGCAUCAGGAACAUCAGGCGGACAGCACAUCGCAUCAAUCAAAACAGUGGGCGAAGAAACGGAAUAUCAUCGCAUUCUGGCAGAGUUUCCGGAGAUCACACAAUCCUCUUCGGAACGGAAGCCAUGUCAACACGAGACCAGGCAUUACAUCAAGACUACGCAGGGUCAACCCGAAGCAAGCAGACCACGAAGAUUAGCGGCAGAUCGAUUGAAAGCAGCAAAAGCAGAAUUCGAUCUACUGUUGCAAGAAGGGAUUAUACAGCCAUCAAAAAGCCCGUGGGCAACUCCCUUACACAUGGUACCAAAGAAGGGAGGCGCAUGGAGACCAUGCGGCGAUUACAGAAGGCUAAACGCAAGAACUGUUCCGGACCGAUAUCCCAUUCCACACAUCGAAGAUUUCGCGCAGACGCUGCAUCAAAAACAAGUAUUCAGUACACUUGAUUUGGUGAAGGCGUAUAAUCAGAUACCGAUGAAUCCACAAGAUGUGCCAAAAACUGCAAUCACAACACCGUUUGGACUAUUCGAAUAUAAAUAUAUGCCAUUCGGACUCAGGAACGCCGCACAGACAUUCCAAAGUUAUUUUAUCGGUCUUGUACUACCACAGAAAUUUUGCCAAUUGUCGGACGGUGAGAGGGCGCGAUUAGAGAGAUUUUUGGCAACCGAAAUAACGGGCGAUCCGGAAAGACCGGGAACGACAAGUUUGACGGAACACCGUAUUGACGUCGGGGGGCACGCGCCCAUUAAGCAAAGGUAUUAUCCAGUUUCGCCAAAGGUACAGGAGGCGAUCUACAAGGAAGUAGAUAAAAUGUUAGAUGCGGGGAUAAUCGAACCAUCGAACAGCGAAUGGUCGACCCCCAUAGUAAUGGUAAAGAAACCGAACGGCAGCUAUCGGUUUUGCUUAGAUUUUAGAAAGUUGAAUAACGCAUCCAAGAAAGACGCCUACCCCUUGCCUUACAUGAAUGCGAUACUGGAUAAGCUACGAGCCGCGCGAUACAUAUCGACCAUUGACUUGAGCCAGGCAUAUUUCCAAAUCCCGCUCGAGAUAAAUAGUCGCGAGUUAACAGCCUUUACCGUGCCGGGAAAAGGCUUGUUCCAUUUUACGCGCAUGCCGUACGGAUUGACAGGUGCCCCGGCAACUUUCCAAAGGCUAUUAGAUCGCUUAAUAGGUCCGGAGAUGGAACCGCAUGCCUUCGCUUAUCUAGACGAUAUCGUCGUGGUAACACCUACGUUUGAAGAGCAUAUUAAGUGGCUUAAGAAAGUUUUCGAGCGUAUUAGAGAAGCCGGCCUUACGGUUAAUCCGGAAAAGAGUAAGUUUUGCCGGUCGCAGGUUAAAUAUCUCGGAUUUUUAGUGCAGAACGAGGGUUUAACGGUAGACCCAGAUAAGACGUCCGCGAUUAUUAACUAUCCGCCGCCGCGCAAUAUCCGACAAUUAAGACGCUUCAUUGGUAUGGCCUCGUGCACGUGUUGUCGUCCGCCGCCCAGAAUUUCGCGGCCAAGUUUAGCAACCAAGUAUCAUGGUCCGUUUGCUGUGACGAGAGUUUUGUCGCCCUUAGUAUACGAGCUGGCGGACGCCGCCGGUAAAUCUCUGGGAAAAGUACACGUGAAGGAUCUGAAACCUUAUCUCGAACCCGUGGAGUAG